AACGAAAGUGGGAGAUCCCGUUGUUAACGAGGAGGGUCGUCUUCGUCGAGUAGCAAUCCUUGUAAUGCCGACAUCUACUCUUCUCGAUCCAUUGGCCCCUAAGGGGGAAAUUGCAAGAAUUUACGCGGCACCUCGUAUGGACUACCGGUACCCCCUGUGGAGGGAGGCACCCACUCCAAGAAAGACUACGAGAGAGUGUACUGUCGUACUCUUCGCUGCUAUAUCCUUUGGAGGUCAAUUAGUGCUCUUCGUCACUAGAAGGAAGACCUUGGGUGAUGGGCUUGGACUUGUAAGCAAGCAAGUAAGCAAGCUAGUCGAGGAGCGAGGUCUUGGUCCUGAUAUACUGGUAAUGGAAGUUUUGGAGGGAGUUAUCGUGCAUAGGAUGAAAAAGAAAGUCAGAUAUUGGGGUACAGAGGAAGUUAGGGGGCGGUUGAAGUAUUCAAUCGCUCAACGAGAAUUCGCCAUACUUAACGUCCUAUUCUCGGACGACCUAUUUCAAGGCGAUUGUAGGAGGAGGAAGAAAAGAAGAGGCUUUCAGCGCCCGGGGAUUCUCUACCUGGGAAAUAAGCCUCUUAUCGAGUUGGCUACACAGGAGGUUCCUAUACAAAUGCAAACUUGGAGAGUGUGUGAUGCUAUGAAUGAUAUGGGUGAAUGGGACUUAGAGCAGGUUCGUGACUUUCUUCCCCGUGAAAGUCUUGAGGAAAUACGUGCUGUCCCAAGGUCAGAGGUGGUACGUGUGGAACCGGGAGGGAAAGGGGACGUCAGUAGUUCGGCUAUCGGCAAGCUUAACGCCCUCGUCAUACUAUACUCUUAUGGUUCACUCCGU